GGUUCCAAAAAUGGAGGAAUCGUCCCCCAAUCCGUUUGUCUCUCUUUCCUUCCACUGAAUCUCUAUCUUACUGACAAACAAAGGCGUCGCCGCCGGCCAACAAUCCGCCGCGAGUCAGCAAAGGAGGGAUAUUAUUUAUGUAUAUACUGAAUCCCACCAAGAUAGCCUCUCGAUUUCCUCUCUUAAACCCUACUCGAGGUGUAUGCAAGCUUGGAUUUCCGACAAUUCUUCAACAGAACAAGGGACUUCGAGGAGGAACGAUAAGAAAAAUGGCGUGGAGUUUGGAGAGAUGCGAUGAGGGUAUUGAAACUAGGUCUGGGAUCGUUCGACCUGCGACGGAGGUUUAUGCUGAUGAAGCGAUUGAAGCUUUAAGAGCUGGAAAGGUUAUAGCUGUCCCCACUGAUACGCUAUAUGGUUUCUCUUGUGAUGCUUGUUCUGUAGAGGCAGUUAAUAGAAUAUAUGAAAUCAAAGGGCGCAAGCACACUAGCCCUUUAGCGAUCUGUGUUGGGGAUGUAAGUGAUAUAGGACGGUUUGCGGUCACAGACCAUCUACCUCCUGGCUUGCUUGAAGGUCUCCUUCCAGGGCCAGUAACUGUGGUGCUAACAAGAGGAGAAUCGAGUAUUCUUGAGAAGUCUUUAAACCCUGGAUUAGAUAGCAUAGGAGUUCGAGUACCUGACUCUGACUUCAUCCGGAUGAUUGCCCGUGGCUCUGGAACUGCACUGGCCCUGACUAGUGCAAACCUUAGCGGACUACCAAGUAGCGUAGACAUCAAAGAUUUCAAGAAUCUGUGGGAAAACUGUACAUUCGUUUAUGAUGGUGGUAUCCUUCCAGCAGGCCGUGCAGGAUCAACCGUUGUGGACCUCACUAUGCUUGGAAAAUACAAGAUUUUGAGACCAGGGAGUGCCAAAGAAGAGACCAUUUCAAUAUUGGAGAGGCAUUCUCUAGUAGAAGCAGGAGAGCCAAAUGCAAAAUCUUGAAGAGUUUGACUUUGGUCAAGGUACCAUAACUAAUACAAUUUCAUGAUGUUAUGUUUGUUAAAUAUGUUGACCACUGGUGUGAGGUCAAAGACAUGUAGAAUAUGCUGUUGAAUUAGCAUUUAGCAGACACCAUGUUCAUCAUCUUCUUUCGAGGAGAUGAAAACAUAAUCAUUUGAAUGGAAGGAGAGUUUGCAGCCAAGUUUGUGGCAUUUAUUCAUGUCAUAAGAAGGUAAAGAAAAGUGAGGUGUUGAUGUA